UGCAUGACUCGUACGCCAAAUUCAGAUCCCAGAAUCUAAUUGUGGAUAUUUUAAUGGCGACAGGAAUGAGCAAACGAAAGGUUCGUCAAAGUAGCUUGGUAGGACAUUUGUUUUCGACCAUAGAACGUUACUGUAUUGUGAAAUAAAUAAGUCAGUUACAUGCAUGCAGAUACUGGAUUUUGAGACAUCAAUACUUAGAGUUACAAGACACCGUGCAAAUCACGGGAAGAGACGACGACCAGACCAGCUGUGUUUGUAACGGGAUAUUCUGCGAUCUUGUAUAUAUUUAGUUAAAUUAUUGUUUUUCCAUCUUCUCAGAGAUAAUUACCUAAGGAUGUACAAUUUUUACGGUCUAAUGCCCCCGAAGCAGCCCAUAAAGUUUCCAAUGAGAUCAUGACAUCUACAACCUAACUAAUACACGCCAACUAACUGUCAGGGUGAGAACCCGCCAAAUCUCAUUUCUGGGACACAUACCUCGUCUGUCAGAUGGUGAGCUGGUGAAAGGUUAUGCGCUCUAUAUUUCACCUCGUGGCAAGAAGAAACAAGGGAGACCGCAUAGGCUGUAGAUCUACAGUAUGUCCAGUGCCUUUUGGGAGAUAUUGAAGGGAUGGUGCAGCCAAACUAAGUUGCUUCGCUUGCCAAAGAUCGCAGCAACGUGUGGAAAACUGGUUCACAUGCUCUGCCAGCCGACCAUUGAUACUGUUUUGUACGGCGCAAACGACGCAAAUUCGCUUAGUUGAGUGUUGGCCUAUAUUGACCACCAGACUUACCGGGAAACAAAACAUAAUUCAAUUUUAACCAGUGGUAACUUUCACAUCUCUUUAUAGGACCUGUCCCUCAGUGAUCCACCUACAGUGUUCAUGUUUGCGAGCACGUUUAGAUGGUUUCAGAAAUAUCAGGUAACGUGUUUCAUAAAUGCACCAAUCUGCUUGGUUCAGGUGUAUUCAUACCAUAGACUCUAACUUGAUUAUUUCAUAUUUUUGCCUCAAGGCUGUGGUCUUCACAUAUGUGUCAAGGCCUAUCAGAAGAGGAACUUUUUUCAAGCGUAACCGAGUGAAGAAGAGGUCUCUGGGAAGACACUACAGGUGGGUGAUUAGGGGAAAGCUGUUGACUCAUUUACUCUGCCUCACACAAUAAUACCACAACCAACUAGGAUUUUAUUUUCGCGCAAGCUCUUUAUAAACUCACCAGCAAUCGUUACGAUUAGAGAGGUUGUUACAGUCGACUCUUAGGGAAAACGUCGUUAAACGGACACCUUGAGUUGGUCUUUGCCUAGCCUGUUCACAGACCCUCUAUUUUCGCUUUAGAGUUCGCUGAGCGCGCGCAUGGAAAUAAAAACCGCGGGUGAUUUAUUGACGGCAAGCGCAAUGGGGGUAAAAAAAAAAAAAACUUCGGUGGAAAGGGUAGCCCCUGUAACCAUGAUACGAACAACACUCAGAGCGCUUGCCAUUUGUCAGCACUGGCUGGCCAGACCAGUCCAGUUGUAAGGAGAAUUCCUCUAUUAACUAGAAAUACCGUGAAUCGCAGAACCUUUCGCAGCACUUGGGGCUAACGGCAAGAAGUAGGAAUACAAUAUGUAAACAAACAAAACAAAACUACAGUUAUAACAAACUGGACUUGCCGAAAGGCGAUUUUGCGGGGCUGCCAUAAAGAGGUAGAAUAGACUAUCCAGCCAGAUCGGUCUACUUCCUGAAUAGUGGGCACAGCAAUGAGGGAUUUUAGUGAAAAUUUGGAGAAAAGGCCAGCCAGUUCUGACUUUUGGAAAGCGCCUUUUGGGCGGGUCCAAAGGUGUCCGUCUUAUAUAGAGUUGACUGUAGGUGAAUUUGAUAGCUGUGUAGCUAUGGUAACCUCGGCAGGCCUGUCAUCUAAGUCGAAUUUUAUUAAGAGAGCCGUCUCUAUUUCGAGUCGUGAGAGAAGGGUCCGCUCGCGCUUAACUUCUCGCGUUAUCUCCCAAAUGGAGAGAUUGCUCGCAAGCGGAACUGAAGACAAGUACAUGUACCUGAUGCUUAAGGUAGGUAAACGCGUGUGUGCAACCCCUAAUGAAUUUUGCGCUCACUCUAGGCAUGUGAGCCUUUCACUUCAGUUUCCUGAACUGACCGUGUGGUACUGGGGCUCGUUCACGCAACAGAGAGGAUUUGAGCUGUCACUGGGAGGUGGUCUCUUGGAAACGACAUACCGUUUGACACUUAAACAGUACAGUGAUGGACUGCUGCGAAGACCGGCCGCGGACUGGAGCGCGACAAAGCUGCGCAGUGAAGUGUCUAAUGUGACGUGUCAUUUGUAUGGCUUGGAGGAAGUGGAUGGAAAGGAGGAGAGUAGUGACGAGUAUGCCGAGGUAGAGACACUUUCUGUUGCGUUCAUGAAGGAAUAGAUACAUUCUUUAUUGUUACCUCCCCAAAAAUGGAAUGGUACCCUUGGGGCUGAGUCGGAUUGUUUGGCUGUUAGGCAAUAAUAACUUAUUUGCCGAUAACUGAAGCUCAACCCCAAACACAGUUCAUGAAAGGUAGACCACACUACCGGGGCAGAGUAAAAACAAAAAGUAUAUUUAUAAGUGAGCUUUCCGCCCCUUUAAAGUUCACUUGAUCUCUGUGGUCUUCCUGCUAUUUGAUGUUCAGUAGUUUAUAGGUUCUUUAACGCUCCCAUCGAAUUUAUAAGGAAGGAGGCGAUGCCAACGCCCAAACGACCUUGCACAACAAACCAUUUGAACGUUAGAAACGCUUACCAAAAGUCAGAAGUGGCUGGCCGGAUCGAUCAUUUUGAAACUGAGAUAGGCUCUUCUUCGAGAGUUUUGCUAAAAAUCCAUCGCCACAGUAGGUACUUUUAAGAGCGGUGGAAUUCUUUUCACGGGUGAACUAGUCUGGUCGGCCAGUUCUGACUAAUCUCCAUACGUCUUAAGAACUGGUGGGUAUAAACGCGCGCGAGAGGGGAGGAAAGGAGAGGUGGCGCCACUCGCGGCUCGUAAAAAAAAUAACUGGCGUCUGCUACGCGAACGCAGGCUCUGGGAAUGAAAGAUUUUCAAGCAGUUGCCCCCAACUGUUGUUGCUAUGUCUCUAUAAAACCUUAUAUGUUUAAAGUACUGGGUUUAUUUUUUGUAAAUGGCGCCUACCUUCCCUUAUCUGUUCCUUCGUGACUGCGUCUCAUUUCUUUUUACUGUUUUUGUUGUCAUGUCUUUUUGAUUUAGGUGAGUUCGAUUGACUUGGAGCCUACGAAGUACUACCUUCUAGCAGCAGCAAGGUAAGUUUUACAACGCUCUGUGUGAACUGAGCAGCGCCGUUUAACAACACAUCAGUUUUGACAUACUUUGCCCUGUGUAACUCCAUUUUCUCUAUUCCCAUUCAUUUUUAUUUUCUCCUUCUUGUAUAUUUGCUUCGAGAAAGCAAAUACAUUCUGCCCCGUUGCUUUUAAGGUAAGUUCACUUUCUGUGAAAUUGGUGCAAACAUUUGCUUUAAGUUCCAAAGACUGAUUGGUUGAAAUCAAAAUGUUACUUGGGCUAUGUCUACAGUAUAGCCGGCGGAUAGAUUUGGUGCCGACAUGGAAAGCUAUCGGGUAUAUUAUGAACAGCAACACGGCAUAGAACUGGAACAAGUCGUUCACACACAUCGAACAUCGUGCCUGAACGAUUGGCCGAGAAGGGUUUGGUUUGGAGAGACUGCAAAAACGUGCAUUGCGAAUUAUUUACCCCGGUAUGUCAUACAAUCAGGCCCUAGAAUUUUCAGGUUUGCCAACCCUCUUUAAAAGGAGAGAAGAGAUUUCAUCAAAGCUCUUCAAUGAAGUCGUGGGUGACCCCGGGCACACUCUUCACAAACUCCUUCCUUCCAAGAAUCCAGCAAAUUACUUUCUAAGGAGGAAUCGGAACUUUGCCUUACCUUUGUGCAAGACCAAUCGAUGCAAAAAAUCUUUCAUUUUUAGUCACGUUUUCUGCGCUUAGUAGUGUUUAAUUAGUUAGUUAUAGUAGCAAUUUUAUACUUUUUACCUUUUUAUUGUUAUAUUUUAUAUACUUUUUUUUAUUAUUGUAAUGUCUUUAUUGUAAUGUCCUUUUAUUGUAAUGUCUUUCGUAAUUCAGCCUAUGGCUGCAAGGUAUUAAGACAAUAAAGCAUCUAUCUAUCUAUCUAUCUAUCUAUCUAUCUAUCUAUCUAUCUAUCUAUCUAUCUAUCUAUCUAUCUAUCUAUCUAUCUAUCUAUCUAUCUAUCUAUCUAUCUAUCUAUCUAUCUAUCUAUCUAUCUAAUUCCCAGUCCUCACUCCUUCCGUUUAAGUGAGGUCCAGUCCUCGCGAAUACCAGUUCAGACUUUGUUCACACUGCACCAAAGUGUGGCACAGAACGUAUCCGAUAUGUAACGCUACACUUUCGAGAUCAGCGCUGCGCAGCUUCGUUGCAGCAAUCGCGCUGAAAUCACCCUUCUUGUGUGUGAACAAAGCCCUGUCCCGUAUGGUUUUCGUGCCGGCGAAAGAGCUGUCUUUUAUAGUUUGCAACCGACCGUUUAUCUCUUGAUUUUUUGCACUUUUAUAGAUUGGAGUACACACGACAAGAUAACUCUAAAAAGCAAGAAAUGGGUGUUGAUGGUCCGUCUCCAGAUUUACGGGUAAAGCUGUUAGUUAUUUUUACACUCACUAAAAUGUCACUGGAUGGAUCAUCAGCUGUUAAAACUCUCUUAGCUCUAUGCGUUUUAGGCAUCCUGCGGGGAGGGCCUUAAAACAAGUGACAAGUAAAUGGGAAGGGGCUGAUAGAGAUUGCGCCUUUUAGCUAUCACUUGGUGCUCGUCUGAGGAGGUUUGGAAAGCAAGUAAUUACAAGGGAAACAUAAAACACUUAAUGAACGGUCCAGAGGCAAACAAUGCUGUACACAUGAAAUACUUUGAUCUUUCACGAUAUUCAGCCACGAGGAUGGCUCAGUGAAACCUUUUGUGUUACGAGUGAGUUGUUGCUUACGGAUUUUUACGUUGCUCUGUUAUUCUAAAAGAUAAUCGUAAAGAAAGUGUAUUUAACUUAAGUUCUUUUGUAACUUUGUAGAAUUAUAAUCAUCGACUGGUGUGUCAUGAUCUUAAAGGAGUCUGGACACUAACGAACCGCCGCAUUGCAUUUGGUCUGUUUGAAGCCUAUACCAAUACACAGGUGGGUGUCUACACAAAGUGGUCAAAGUUUGGAUUGAUUCGGAGGUUAAUUACGAGGAAAGUUUUUGUGUAGAGUCCUUACAUCAGGCCCCGGUUGUUCAAACGCUGGAUAGCGCUAUCCACCGGAUAAAAAUCUAUCCAGUGAAUAGUGAUUUAUCCGGUGGAUAAUGUUAUCCAACGUUUGAACAACCGGAGCCCGGGGUCCAUCAGUCUGGUCGAUCUCACCUAAGGCAGGCGAUCAGUCGUAAUCAUCACAGCUUCACAAAUCAGUAGUUGGCUCCAAACGCGACACAGUGCUCUGUCCAUUUGCUAGCGUUCGAAUCGUCAACUUUUGAAGCCUUUUAUGGCGGCCAACUGAUCCUCAUAACUCAACUGAUAGAAGCAAAUUUAACUUGAUUUUGAUUUUAAAUUUUGAUUGGUCGAAAGCGGCGAAGCACCGGGAAUAGUUUCCAUACUGAAAAUGAUUUUAAAAACCUUUUAUUUGCCAAUUUUGAUAUAAGUAUAACGGUUUCUUUUAACUUUUUCAGGUUCUCAAGAAAAAUCUCUCUGCAGAUGCCUUGAAAUUUGCGAUAGUAGAGAAAAAAGAGAAGAACAAACAGGUUCAUGCAUUACGCUUUUAUGCAGUAAUUAUAAUUUUAAAGGGGGACCAGAUCAUGUGAGAAGCUAAUUAUGGUUUUAGCGUGCUAUAUUUUUUAAAUGCAUAGGUUUUCUUCACGUUUCUUUCUGUAUGCACUUUUGACCUUGUUAUUUGCUGUAUGAUACACCAGUGGCAAUAACAUUACGCCUGACCAGGAUUUUUAACACUAAUUAUGAGGCUUGAAUAACUGAACGAGUUAUCCUCCCUCUUACAAGCAGUUUUGAAAAACCUCUAUGUCAAACUUUGUUUUCUUUCAGCUAGUUGGGGUUAUCAUCAUGGGAAAGAAAAAAACUUUUUCACCUUGUUGAUUUGGAACUUGUUAUGAGUCCCAAAUUAAAUUGACAUUGCUCUAUCAGUCGAGUAAAAGUUCAAUUUACCGUACGGUGACGCGCAUUAGCCUCGACUGUAAGCUUCAACCAGUUGCAAAAAUGUUGAGACACUGACGAAAAAACGACCUUUCUUGCUUCAAAUCACUGCUAGUCACAGGUCUGUGAGAUAUAAUACUGACCUCACUUCUCCCUUCCAUUCAAAGUUGUUUCUCCAGGUUUUGAGUAUGGUCUUUGUAUUGCUGGGUGGAGGGGGGAUCACAAGCACAAGAUCAUGGACAGGCCAUUUAAGCCAAAAUACGAUACAGUGUCUCAAGUGCUUUUGCAACUGGUUGUAGUUCCAGACCAAGCUUAGAAUACGAAUAAUUAUGAUGCUGUAAUGCAUGGGCCAUUUCCCACAAACUCUGACUUUCAAAACGGGGCUAGGUGUAAACCUUUUUUCGGAAAAUGAGUUCUAUUUCCAUGAUAAUAAAAAUCAUUUUCAUUUCAACGACUUCGCACUUAGCCUCGCUUUGUAGUAAAGGCUUUGGCCAACUUGAAAAUGGUCUAUUGAACGAUAUGUGUUUUGUAUUUUUUAGGAUGACACCAAGACUGGCUCGCCUCUCAACAGUUCAGUCAAAGCCCGGUCUGCUUCUUACACUAAUAUGCUGGAAAAGCUGGUCAUGGAAAAAGAAUUGAAGUUUGUGGCGUUUGCGGAAGAGGUAAAGUGAAUAUAGUGUGGUGUUCAUACACUUUACUUUUUCUAAAGCUAAUUUGGACUAUCAGACUUCUAUUAACGAUCAUUGUCGGCUAUUUGCUAGGGGACCGGUGAGCAUGAAUAUGUUACAGAGGCCCACCUCCACGGGAUGGCAUUAUGCACAGCAAAUGACGUCAUCGAAGACAGAUGGCAUAGUAAGAGAAUACUGUGUUUGUUUUGCUUGCAGUGAUAUCACGUGUUGUAUAUCUGAUCUGAUAUAUCAUGUCAUUUUGUAAUCAAGCCAAGGGUUACAUUACUGUUAUGCUUUUUGAAAUGCUGGUUAAAAGUUUCUACAUUCACAUUUGUUUUAUAUUGUGACAUGGAGACUGGGCAAAAACGUUUGCUUCAUAAAAAAAAAUACAAUGUCUGCGGACCGACUUUUGUUGUAGGUUACUAUAAUACAUUUAUCGGUAAGCCGCGGUAAAGUCAACUUGUGUAACCCCCAGGUUUAAGAAUAUGUUUUUCUCCUAUAAAAUUACUCGAAAUUCUCUUAUGUUCUUGUCUUUCCUUUCUUGCUGAUUCUCUUUUGGUCGUUAUCUUUUUCGUACCAGUUGGACUAGUGAACUCGCAGGUUGUUCUGAAGGGAAUUGAGUCUGAGGGUUGUGUUCUUGUAGCAGCUGGUAAUGCAAGAAUUCUAAACAGGCUUCACAUUCCUGUCUGGAGUAAAGGAGAGAUUUUUAACAAGAACACCUGGUUUGGAAACGUAGAGAACGUACAGGUAAUUUUACUUACAUGUUUCUGACUUAUGUAACUUGCAGGAUAGGUUGCAACUGCUAAGUUCGCUGUUUGCGUGCCUCCUUAAAAUUAAUACUUACCGCCCGCCAGUUACGACUGCCCCGCGCACAACUUGUCGUAAGUCGCAAAUGUGAAAUUUAUAUGCUUUGGAAGAGUUUUUGAACUUGUCUCAAUUUUGUAACCGAACCCAAACUACAGUUAAACCCUUUUAAUAUGGACACUGAGGGGACCAUAGAAUGUGUCCGUAUUAAGCGGGUUGAAUUUAGAGAAAAUGUAAGGGCUUUCUUUCCCCGUGAACAAAGCAAACUGUCCGUAAUAAUGAGCUGUCCGGAAAGCGGGGUUUGACUGUAACUCCGUAGUGAAAUGACUUCGACUCUUUACCGAAAACCGCGUCUAACAUACCUUUCGUGUUGUUUCUUUAGUACUUUGCUACAGUCGGUGCAGACGAUAUGAUCGGUCUAGACAGUUGCCCUUGGCUGAGCACGUCUGUAAUAACAGGGAGACUUGACAAGAACUCUUUUGAUAUCGCCGACCUGGCAAAUAUUGUGGGCUCUGGAGAGGCUGUUGGAGGAAUGGUAAAUGCCACCGGAGCGGGGCCUGGACAUGAAGCUACACAGUUACAGAGGAUUGUAGCGCGGUGUAGCUGUGAAUUUUAUUUUGCAAGUUUCAGCUCCGAUUUAGAUCCCCUUGCCGAGGAACAUGCUGCUAAUAUUGAGGUAAGUGGAACAGUGUCACAUGACUGUAUCGCGGGUUCAGUGUACAAAUCAUUGAGAUGACGUGUUUUUUAAGUUCUUCACUGACCAGUUAUGGUAUUCAAGUGAUCGCAGGCUCAGAAAACUUUACUUCAGAUAGACAUUUCUUAAAAGUUCCCACGAAAGCUUCGCUUUUGGCCUUGGCUAAAUCUAGCUAUUAGACCAUUCCACGGUUUUUUCAAGUUUUGUCAUGGGCCAGUUGACGAAAAUCCGUCGACACCGCUGCAAAUAGCGCCUGAUCUAGUAGAGUCAGCUGUAGAGUUGCCGUGCUUGAGAGUUAUUCGUUGAAAAGUAAUGGAAGAUAAAGCUCCGCGAAAUCGCGAAAUUUUCCAGACGUUUGUAUGGUGGAGGGGAAGUUUGUGUCCCCCACCAUGCAAACGAUUGCAAAAUUUCGCGACUUUGCAAAGGUGUAUCUUUGCUCCUUCAAAUGUAUUAUUUUUAAACGUGGCAAGUUAACUAAUUUCAAGGCGCUCUUUCUAGAGAUGGAUAUUCCCGAACUGGACCUUUGAUAAUAUCAAAACUUGAAAAUAAAUAUUAGUUUGUGUUCUCUUAUUCAAUUUCAGCCCCCGUCGUCCUCCAGUAGCCGCCUUCGAGAGGAUAGCGCUGCUGUGAACACUUUCACCAUCAGACAUAAGCUGCUGGAGAUCUCUACAAACUCGGUACGUUGUAUGAAUCCCUCUUUGGAGAGCGCGCUAUCGCUGUGAUGAAAUAUGUUUUUUAAUAGCUUUCAGAGAAAGUUAAAGAUAUAUCCUAUUUUCGGUUGGUGUGAUGUCUGACUUCGGUUGUCAACGUAUUGUUGAAAAAUUUGCCUCACGAGUUUGACUGACUUGUCAGCUGUGUUUCAAACUAACCAUUUCUGACGCGACGGAACGUUUUCUGGAUUCGGAUGAAUUUUUAUCUCAUCAUUUUCACCAAAAUAAUCCAAACUCUAAGGACAGGUGUGACAUGCGAACGGAUCCACGGUAAAUUUUCAGUUGGUUGUUGAUUUAAUUUUGAAAGUUCCAGAUUGUGCCUCUUGUCUUAAUAGGUUCGCGCUUAACCAUGCGUUACAUAAAACUCGCAAAAAAUUGGAAAAUUCGUUCGUUUUCAAUUAUGUUUCAGGCCCAAUACGCCAUGCUCAUUGACAUAGUCCACAAUGCUGUUUUGUACACGGAACCUAAAAAGAAGGUAAGCGGGUCAAAGCUGACUUUGUUAUUGUGUCAAUAACAAAAAACUUGAAUCUGAUUGGUUCUUAACAGCCCAUAUUUAUAGCUUAUUUUGCUAUUGUAACUCCAAAACUAUUCGAUUACCAUGAGCUUGCAAUCGGACAGGUCAAAUCGGACAGUUAAAGAACCAAUAAAAAUCAAGUGGCUAAUGCCACUAGCCAAUGAAAUGUAACUACAUAGCACAUGAUAACCAAUCAAAAUCAAUGAAAAAAUAGUGACCCGGUAAGCUGUCCAGCUUCAACUGGAAAAGAAAAAUGGAGGAAACUAACUGGUCCAGUGACUUUUAUUCAGAUGCUUUGGAAUCUUUCUCUUACAUUAAUAAAUAUUCCAAGACUGAGAUUCUCUCAUUUUGUUAUUGACAUAAUUAAUUGGUAACAGGACUUCGUGUCGUACAAUUCAGAGAGUAAUUGGGUUCGUAAUUUCAAAUCGGCCUCGCGCAAUUCCAAAUUACUCCUCCGAUUACUCCCAGAAUUGUACUCCACUCAGUCCUAUUACCAUUACUUAUUGACUAGAAAAGAGGGAAAUAACUAAUACGUUUUUAUUUGAAAACGCUUACCGUAUUUAUUCGAAUAAGCGCCCAACCUCGAAUUAGCGCCCACCUCGAAUAAGCGCCCAUCCUAAAGGCAGAAAAAAUUAAUAAGCGCCCACCCCCUCCUCCUCCCAAUCAAACUCAAAUAAGCGCUCACCCCCACCCCACCCACUUGAGUGAAUAAAUUCUAAUAAGAGACUUCCCCGAGGACGGAGUUUUCUUGAGAGUAUUUUACAGAAACCUUGCUUUGUUACUUCUUCGCGUUUUGUUAUUAGCAUUUAUUGUUUUGUUGCAAAAUAAACAUACUUCACUUGCUGAAAAUGGUGAAAAUUUAAUAAGCGCCCAGCCUCGAAUAAGCGCCCACCUCGAAUAAGCGCCCACUCUCAAGGUCCAAAAAUUUAAUAAGCGCCCCGUUUAGGCCUGCCGUCCACACUAAUACGCUGAGCGUUUUCAUUCAAAAAACGCAUCGAUUUGAAAACGUGAGCAGCCGUUUGAGCUUUACAUUAAGCAUAAUAGAGACCUUUAGCAUCAGGUUUUUCUUUGGAAAUCGCAAACCGCGAACUGCAGUUUGCGGUUACCCGUUUGCAGUUUCACGUUGACAGGGUUUCGAAUUUCAGUAAAACGUUCAUUGUUUAGUGCCGCCAUGUUGUGUUUGGCCAAGUCGCAGUGCUUCACUUUUAUUGCCUGAAAAUCAUAAAGAAUUCAUUGAUCAUUGAUUCGAUUUCAAAAAUCUCGCUGGCACAUCACGGGUGGGUGUGGAAACCUAUCUCUUGCCUUAAAACAUGAGGCUGUACAAUUUUUAAUGGAAAAAAACCUUGCCGUAAAUCACUUACCGUUGGAAGUUCUUCCUGCCGUUCAAACGUGGACUGCAAACUGCAAUCGCGACCGCAAGAUUGUGGCAUCCUCAGGUUAACCAUGAAAAACCUGAUGCUCAAAGUCUCUAAUAACGACAUAGAGUUUAGGGAAAGCUGGGGCACUCGUUAUUUUAUAUGUGGGCUCUUUCCUUGCCACUUACCUCCUUCUACUGAACGUUUUUAGCUGGUUCGGUUUCGGGAUGCGGGCAGUUAAAACUAGUGUUAUACCGAAAAGUAGUGUUUUGCUGAGAAGCUUGUCAUAAAAAUCUGCCAUAAAAAGAAUCUUCUUUAAUAUUAAUCGAUAGAGUUUAUCGAAUUUAAUUUUUAACAGCAAGCGAUUGACAGACUACAGAGGAUGAGAUUUCACUUGCGUCUUUCCACGUCAGAAGAUCAAAGAGCCCAAAUUCUUAGACUUCAGAACACGGUCAGGUAAAUAUGAAAAACUUAGUGUUAGCCUUUCCUCGACGUUUGCUUAAAUUGGAUAUUAGAGAGCUUAGAAGCUGUUUGUGCAAGUUUCAGCUCUUCUCAAUCAAUAACAAAGGAAAUAGCAGGAAUCAAAACCGCGAAAUUUUUGGGUGGCAAAAACGUUAAUGAGCUUAUAUAUUCUUUGUAGAAUUUGGGUUUUUCGAAGAGAAUUUCUCCGAAACUUUUCGUCGGGCUCAAAUUUUUAGAGGUUAACUGAAAUAACUGAAAUUGUUAUUCCCUUUCAAUAGAGUUCUAAAGUGUGAUGUUAUAAAAAAAAUAAAUUUGUGAAAUUAUGGAACUUGUCAGGAUAUUCUGAAAGAACAACAUCCAAGGGGCCUACUUGCGCCAAAAACUAGCAUUUCGGGGCAAAUUGUCUCAGAGAUGUCAGCCCAGUUAUGCUCCGAUGACUCCAUACAAAUCCUUCUAAAUUUGACUCAGUUCAUUAGAUCAGGUGCCGAGUCAAAUUUAGAAGGAUCUGUAUGGAGACUGGGCUAAUAUCUCAGAGACAAUUUCCCCUGAAAUUCUAGUUUUUGGCAAGUAAGCCUCUUGGUUGUUGUUCUUUUAGAAUAUCCUGACAAAUCCCAUAAUUUCACAAAUUUAAUUUUUAUGAUGUCAUCACUUUAGAACUCCAUAUCGAGAGAUUUUAUUUUCAUCAGGUAAUGAUAAGCAUAUGUAUCCCGGGUACAGGCCACAGAUUUUUUCUCGCGUGCGACGAGGAGCUUCGUCGGCCGCAGGCCGAAGACACGAGCGGGUCACUUUUUAAGACUUGUCCGAAACCGGAAACCGCGCAUAAAAAAAGCCUCUGGCACCCAGGGUAAAGCAUAUGUUAAUGCGGCAAAAAAAUGUAAACAAGGAUUCGCCAAUUCUCUAUUUUCGAGUCCUCCAUAAUACACUCUGUUGCCCCCCAAAUUUUGCAUGUCAUUGCCCUCAGAUGAUCAGGAGCAUUUGAAUACAAUGGUUUAUGCAAAAUUUGGUGGCAAACAGAGUGUAUUAUGGGGGAUUUGAAAAUAGUCAGUGAAGUCAAGUACUCACCAUGAUGUGUCUUUAUUUUAGGUCCAACUACACGGAAAUGCGAAGACUGGAACGAGAACUUUAUGAAGUGAACUUGUUAAGAAAACAAGCGAUUGAUGAUCAGGAGUAAGACUUCUCUUUAAUACCUGUGUUUUAAAGCAGUUUUUAAUCGAUGUCUCGAAAUUUCCGUUAAAUUGUUUUCAUUGGCUUGUUUCUGACUGAAGUAUGACAAAGUUAUGCCCGACGUGAGUUGUUCUAACAUGUUUUUUCCGCUCUUUGGUGUAACUACAUGUAUUUACUUUGUGUUUUUCGCGGAUGUUGUGUUUUAAACACGUAGUUAUAACCUUGGCUUUUCCAUCUACUACCGGCAACCAUUUAAAAACUCCUUUGACCAGCCAUAUAUCUUACUGAUUGUUUGUUUGUUUGCUUUUUCUCUUGUUUCUAUAGUCAAUUAUCACUGUGUAUGUGAAAGGUACCACUGGAAAAUGUUGAUGAAAUGUUGAUUUUACUUAGGUUGACCGAUGCUGUCAUUGAGUUGGAAAGAACAAUUGAAAAACAAAAAGAGUUACUGAGUUCAUCAAGUUCUGAGUUGCGAAUAAGGAUAAGGUAAGUAACUUAAUGUAAUGUUGGUAUUGAAAGGAGCGACUAAUCGUCGUGUAGAACAGGAAUGUCUAACGUUAGUUCGCUGUUAUAGAGAAAAGAAGUGUAACGUCACGUUACCAUGGAUCUCUACAAUCUUUCUUGACAGAGACGACCAUUUGCAUUGUCGAACGAUGAAAGAAGAGUAUGGGCUUCCAUUUUGUUCCUGAGUGCAAUCAUGCACAGGAAAGUCAUUUUUCCUGCCAUAUUUGCAGGACCAUGGUUUGUAGAGAUCCAGAAAUUUUCCUACCAUGGCAGAGAGAGAUCCACGGCAACGUGAGGUAACGACUUCUCCUCUCCCUAUUGAUUUGCCGUUCAACGGGUAGAUCUCGUGUAAUCUUGACGUUGUUCUCGUUUUUUCGACCCUUUACAGCUAUUAAACACUUAAAUACUCACGUUUUAAAACGUGUAGCAGCUGCUGUUGACAUUUAGUUGUGGUUUCAUUUUUUGUCACUAUUAGUGCAUACAAAGACUUCUUGAUGAAUGUCAACACACCAACUCCUGAAAAAGGUAAGACAACAUCAAGCCUUUAAGCUGUACUAUCCACUCGCAUAUUCUCUACACUGUUCACUAUACGUUCCUUUUGAUAUAAUGGAGGAGAAAUAGUUUUGCAAUCAAGUCACCUUAUCACCUGACCACUGAUAAUCAUCUCCUUUUUUUUCAUGACCUUCGUGUUUGAUUAGGCAGUAAUAUCAUUGGGAGAAGCUAGAAGUUGGUCAUUUUGUCUUGAUUUGCAGUAUGGGACUAUUUUAGGAGACGCUUUUGGACCGUUGUUAACCAUUUACAUGGGCAAACCGGUCGGUCCACGGUUUGAGCAAAUGGUAUGCAAAAUUCAGAACUGGUUAAGUUCGUCUUGGAAUCGCGUUUACCAUUUGUACAAAUCAGUUCCAUUUGCCGAAAAACGGCCGCCAAGGCCUGAAACUGGGAUCAAAGAUGGCUUUUCGUUUGGAAUAUUCCGUCCGGAACAAACAGGACUAUCUUUUCAGAUGGUCCGUUGCUCUCGGAAAUUCAUCACCUGGAAAGACCCAAAAAGGCGUGUUCCAUUUUCUUUCCAACCAGUUUUUCCGGAACCUUUUUGUAAAUGGUAAACAAGCCCAGUCUAGUUAUUAACGAUAGUGUUCUUAAUAACAGACAUCCUCCUGUCCCGUAGUAACACAGCUAUAGUUAAAAUGUCUGCUCACUGUACUGGGUGAUCUGUGACUGGUUAUGUUUUCAGCUCCGACUGCAGAGGUCACAAAAUUGGCUGAAGUUUACUUCAAUCACGCCUCUUGGCAACUCACUCAGGAGGACGGGCAGUUAGCUAUAGCGGAUGUAACAUUUACUAACUUCAGGUAUAGCUUUCUCUUCACGCCUUUUGCUCAGAUCGGUUACCAGUGAUAAUAAAAUUAAAGCCUGAAUUGGCCAUUUCCGAGUUCCAAAAACUCUCACGUUCAAAAAGACGCUAAGCGCAAAACCUUUCUUGUCGAAAUCGACGAAAUCGACGAAAAGCCAGAACUUCCCAACAACGUAAUCGUACCAAACUUUCAGAGGGUCUUCCUUAAUGGUCAAACUAACAUAGCCAUAUGCUGACGCAUGAAUAAAGUGACUUGCGGAACAGAUAUUUAGCCUCAAACCUGACCUCCCAUAUAAAAAAGUGUCUAAAGUAGCCGAUUUUCAAAGCGAAAAAGCCAGAACUUCUACAAGGUCUACAAAGUCACCAGCGGUCUGGUAUUUUUUAUGAACGUCUCUUCUACAAAAUCCAUAUGCUGACACUAAACAUUUUUCUAUAGUUGAGGCAAAAAAGUGAAAAACGUGAGCCACUCUGAACAGUUUUGGCCGUUUUUUCUUUGUUUUGGCCUAAGUUCGCUGAUCAGCGUUUCAGAUUUGGCCCUUGGAGUGCGCUUAAAGUUCCCGGAUAUGUCGCGUGAUACUGGGCGAUGAAAAUGAGUUUUAUUGCAUGAGAAUAGGCCAUUUCCUAGUUGCCAGACGCUUCCAUUUCAAAGUGAGGCUAAGUGCGAUGCCAUGAAUCUGAAAAUGAGUUUUUAUUCUCAUGGACGUAAAAUUCAUUUUCACAAGAAAGCUUUUGAGCAUAGCCUCGUUUUGAAAGUGAGAGUGUUUGGAUCUCGGAAAUGGUUUUGCUCUUAGCCUCGCUUUGAAACAGAGGCUUGGGGUAACUCGGAAAUGGCCUAUUUAUGUCAGUGCGCAAAUACGAGUGCGAGCGAGUCACGAUUGGUUUGGUUAUUGAAUCGGAGUGUUAGAGGAAAAGUGCCAUGAACGAAUAUUUUCCCGGGUUCUAUGCGUUAAUCGACGGCAUCUCCGUGAGGAUUACUUGACUCAGCAUAUUUGCAGAAUUCGCACAUACACUGGGAAGAAUUCCCUUUUCCUCUAUUACAAUCUAUGCUGCCAUAAAUAAACCCUGCUAACCAAGAAAUGAAAGGAACCUGUGCGCGUUCAGGAUUAUUGGUGAUAAAUACUAAAUUCUGUCAACCAGACUGUGCAGCUUGAAUAAAUCGCCAUUUUCUGAAAGACUUAGGGGAACAAUUUUCAGUGCAGUAUUUUCAAUCUAGUAUUUGUAAUUUCAUCCGCGUUAGGCAAACGCGUAUUUGUUUUCAAAGGAAGAGUGAGUCAGAAAGAAGAGAAGAGAACAUUUGAUGACUCAACCCUUUUUUUGAAAAACUAUGUAUAUCUGAUUUAGUUACAGGAAAACGACCCUUAGUGGUGCUACAAUGGAACACCGUUUAGAACUGGGAAAAUUUCACGUCAGGAACCUUUUGCCAAACAGCAUCUACAAGGUAAUGAUGAUUGUGUUGUGUAGUCAGCAAGACGCCGCCUACCGGGAGCUUGGGUUCCCUGCGCUUGCCCGCCGUAUCUAUUACUUUCUCCAUCUUGCAUACUGCUAGGUGUCUCUUGUGAGGCCUUUUAGGAAUUUUUUCUUUGUUUGUUUUUGAAUGGGCGACUUCUUUUGGUACUGAUUACAGUGAAAAAUGUUGAAUUCAAGUAGACUGCGUUUUUGUUUAACGCUGUCUGUGAUAGAUAGCCCUUAACGUUUGCUCAAGUCAUUAAAACCAAAAGGCGAGAACUUUUCAAUUUAUGUACGUAAUCAUGACGCGGGUCUUCACUUUUCGAUUGCAUACAGGAUGCCUUGAGCCCACUGGACGUCAGCGCUAAGGGUCACGUGGAUAGAGCCAUAGCCGUCAGGCUGUUUAGUCGAGUGAGGCCUCCAGGUAGGGGAGUUGAUCCGUUAAUAACACAGUAAAAACCCGCGAAUAAGAACGUGCAUUUUCCCAAAUUAGCCUAAACAGGUUCUUACGUAAAUGGUUGUUGGCACAAAUUUAGGCUAUUUAUGUUCUUAUUAUCUGAAGAAAAAAAUACAUUGUAGCCAAGAGUAUUUAGUGGUUUUAUCAGCUUAUUCCUCGCAUAUAAUCUGCAUACCAAAUUAGAACUUAUGUAAAAAUAAUCAUAAGAAGAAGAACUGAAGCAUUGACCUCCAGAAUUUUGAAGUCCUGCUUCAGAACAUAAGAACUUGUUUCAAAUUCUAGGCUAAACGGGUUCUUAGUCGCGGGUUUUUACUGUACUUGGUAUGAAAUCUUCUUUGUAAAAGCCUAGUUUGGCUCAUUGUUCUUAGGUUUCCGAUUUGCCGUCAGUCGUCCAAAAAUUAAGAAACUAUAGGAACGACUAAAUCUUGCCAAUUUGGUAGUGUUGUGCAACGUUUGCUUGUUAUGAAACAUUAACUACGGCAUUUUGACCAAUCAGUCACGGAAAAACAAUGAAUGAUUAAAAGUCUGCUUGUAGUCAGCAAGGGUUACAGCCAGUGUCCUUGUCACGGGAGACAUUCGCUGCUAUCAAACGUGAUCAUUCAGGCAAACACAUCGGAUUUGUCGUAUCCAAAGAACUUUCUUGAUGUCUUAUAAAGUUUAAACUUUUGUGUGAUACGCCUUUUUUUCACUUCGUAGUUGGUGGUAUUGGAGUGAAGGAACAUUUUGAAGUAAACGUAUGUCCGCUGGCCGUUCGUUUAACGCACCGCUUGUUCAAGAAGGUUAUGGUGUUCUUUUUUCCUCAAAGAGCACAUGAGUACGAGGGUGAAGUUGGUGAGGUGGAACUUGGCUUCAGAGGUGAGUCGCCUUACAUCAAAACUGAAUACUAUUUCAACGAGGAAUCACGGAUGAAACUUCACAGUAUAUGGGAUGAAAAUUUCGUCUAAAUUGAUUCAAUUACGGUAGUUUGCGUACAGUCAAAGGUAGUUUCAGUGGAACCUUGAUUUAACGGAGGGCCAAGGGACUGGCAAAGUAUGCUCGCUAUAUCGGGGUUCUUUUCUCUAUAUUUUACUAUUUACGGGGUAAAGAAUAUCGUCCGUUAUACGGAGGACUUUGUUACCGAGAGAUUCAUUAUAGCGAGGUUCCUUUUUUUUUUUCUUUAACUUUAAGUCAGGUUUUUUUCUUUUACACUGUGUUUUUAGUUUCCUUUAGAUACGAUCAUCGCAAUAGGCGGCGAUUUCUAAGUCAUGCGCAGGCAACUAUCAGGCCACUUCCGAGUUCUAAAAACCCUCACUUUCAUAGUGAGGCCGAGUACACAACCUUUCUAGUGAAAGUGAGUUUUAUUUGCAUAACAAUGAAGAAUCAUUUCCAUAUCAAAGGAUGAGCACUUAAACUCGUUUUUAUACAGAGGCCAGAGGGAACUCGGAAAUGGCCUAUUCAACUUUGUCCCAGGGCCUCUCCUCCUCUAGGGGCAGGGAAGAGGAGAGGUCCUGGGAACGAGGUCGUUAAGCACAUUUAAGAUUAAAACCAACAAAUAACUCGUCUCGAAAAGACAUUUUUAGGUUCUAGUAAGAAGGCAUGCGUAAGCACAAUCGCAUAUUUAGACGCAAUGUCCUGCUCAUAACUAGUCUCACUUUGUUGCAAGGGUAUACAGUCCUUAUGUUUGUUUGGUAUGUGCCACCCAGUUCUUUCAAUAGACUCUCGCGUUAUACAAAUAAGUCUGAAAAUGACAAUCUGUGUCGAGAGGGAUUUCGUUAUCUUUGCGUGCCUUUACGUUUUCAUUUAUGGUAAAAAUAUUUUGUCUUUUACCCUUUGACAGGAAUGGAAGUUGAAGAUAAGGAAUUGUUCACAUAUGAAGAAGAGGUAAUGAGUGACUUACUGGUGCUCACUCCACGCUCAAGUAUAGCUCAGUUCAUCUUUAAUCAGUUUCCAUCAGGGAAUUUCUAGUUGACGAAGGACGUUUACCAUUGUAUUGAGGAUUGCAUAUUUUUGACCCAUAACUUCUAAAUUUUUUUCGCUCAUCUUGUUUUUCCAGGACCUUUUAUCUCCCACUGGUAAAACUGUUUCACUGAAGAGAUCACCAAGCUCUCUAUCUACUGCCUCAUCCAAAUCUGGCGUGACUGUCACAGAUUCUCCUCCAUCAUCACCAGCAAACAAAGAAAAACCGGUAAAAAAUUUUAAGCAUUGCGUCCCAGUCAAACAGUCUUUCGUAGCAUUUUGUAUAAAGCUUCAAAUUAGGAGCAACACUAGUGUUCUGGUGCUGUUUGUUAUUUAUUGUAUGCCUCUUCACAACAGCCACCUUGGCAGCACCAGCAAAGUUAACUGACCAAACUUGUACCCAGGAUUCUCUCCUCUCGUCGGGGACGAGUAGAAGUAACCCUGGGAACAAGGUUUAUUGGUGGCCAAUGCAGAGAAGUAAAACAAAAGUAAAGUUAUUCUUUUGGACAAGAGGAAGUAUAGUAAGUGCGAUGAAGAGUUAACCGUCGUGAAGAGUCAGUAAAAAAUCUGACUUUAUUUGAGGCGUUCAAAAAUCUUCUUUCCAAACUCAUUCUGGGUUCUUGGAUGACAUGACAUGUCAAUAUCAGAGCAGCCAAAAAGAGUCUUUAUAGCGGAGGUCCACGUGCCCAAGGAGCCCCAUAGUUAAGAAAAUUUGUUUUCCUGUCCAUCCAAGAAAUUUUGUUUGUCACCUGACCGUACAUAUUGCACAUCCAUGUUGUAUUCAAAACAGGGUAUCCGUUGACCGGUAUCAUAUGACCGUAUCGCGUGCUCAGGUGUCGAACCAACGAGGUUACGUGUUUUUGUGAAGUUUACCGCUAACAAGUUUCCAGUUUUCAACUGAUAGCAGGCUGAACUCUCAUUGGAUUUUUUUAUUGCAAUGUUUUUUAAAUAAUUGGAGCUUCGUUCUUAGCCUCGGCUAAAUCUAUUUAACUUAACAUUGAUUUCGCGAACGAUCUCCGGCAACAAAUAAACUGUUGUCAAUAUCCUUAUCACAGGAAAUUUGGCUCUCAACUCCACAUACUUCACGGCUAUUGAUUGCUCUUCAUAUUUUGUUAUCUUGAACGUACUUUUGCGCUUAUUUUCUUUUCCGGCGGCAGGCAAAGAAGAAAAGUACAUUCUACAAACGAAUUAGUGACUAUGAUGACUUAGACAAAAUGAAGGUGAGAUUUCUUUCCUUUUAUGAAUGUGAGGUUUUUAACAAACACAGUCCUUCGUCAUUAAAUCUAAAUUUUUGGCGUUUUGUGUAUUCAUCAUGGAUUUAGCUAAAGUUCAGUGUAGUGUAGCAAAACUUGCAAAGUUCCAGGUUGUACAGUCCUGUUGCGAUACUUGUGAGAUUUGCACUACCAUCUUACAUAAAUACACAACGAACUUCAGCAAGAUCCUUUUGUGUCUUUGUUCCGGGGAGAGGGGUUCAAAAUUUCUAUGUAUCAGUAAACGGUCUGAUAAUUGAGAAACAUUAUGCAGAUCCCUGUGACUCAGUAAGCACUUACCGUGGCUUUCAUUUAAUCUUGCAGGAACGAGCUUCUAAAAAUAACACUUUCAUCUACGUAAAGAUCCCUGAAGUGUCCUUACUUGUGAGCUACAAGGUUUGUGUUUCACUUUUCUCUUCGAUUCUUGUUUUACUCCAAUGUUCAAUGUUCAGGAUGCAAGAAGAAGUAAACAGCUCUUUUUAGUGCUUCUCUAAAUUUCUGUCAGUGGAAGCAUAUCGGGAAAUGCUGAGAUUGCAUUUAUUUAUUCGUUAUGAAGGUAGGUAUAUUCGAGCUUAGAACUUAGUUAGCGAUGGUGAAUUAUUUGUUAGCCUUCUUAGCAGGCAGAAUGUAGCGCGCAAUAGUGCCUUAUUACACGAGUGCUUUUGUUUUAGCAGUAAGGCCGCAGGCAGAAAAUUCCUAGUUGGCUCCUUGCACCGCUGGAAAGCACUUCCUUACUCUGAUCUCACUAUAGCUACGCAGGCUACUUGUUUGAUUUUGUUGCCUUCUGAUCUGGAUCUACAAUACUGACUAAAACCUUGCAAGAAAGAAGCCACAACAGGCACACUCCUCAUCUCCUGUGUUUUGGGUCAUUUUGCAAUAGUUAAAGCUGAAAAUUGUUUUCCUAUCUUGGCAGGGUGAGAAAGACCGGAACAUCAUGGACGUGCAUAACUUUAGUCUGGUGAUCCCAACACUGGAGUAUCACAACCGUACGUGGACAUGGCAUGAUCUGCUGAUGGCCAUGAAGAGAGACUGUAAAGAUGUGCUGGUAUCACAGGUCAGGCCUACAGCUCAACAGUUGCGAAUAGUUUAGGAUAGUUUCCAGUUUCACGCGUGUUAGAAAAUUGGCGUGAGUUUUCAUAACAAAUCUUAGAGAGCAGAAAUUUAAAACCAAAGCAAACUCCUAGUAGAAAACGAAUCGAAAAUCAUUUUCUCGCACUUUCGCACACUCGGCCUCUCCACCACAGCCACUUUCGGGACAGCGAUAACUAGCCUUUUUAGGGAGGUAGCCGUUAAGGAGAGAUGAAAAGUAGCCUGCUUGGCAGGCGUCGAAAGCGGUGGAGGGUGGGCUAACAGCAGGCGCUCCCAUUCCCUCGUUUCCCUUUCGAGUUUUUCUUCCCUCCCCACCUCUCCCCUUCUUGCGCCUGUCAUACCCAUGUAGGCUAAAUUAAAACAAGAGUCAAUGUACACAUCGGCUCAAAAGCAAGUGGCCGUAAAGAUGAGGUGACUGUCAGUUCUACUCUAUUAAUCUCGUUUUUCUUUGUUUUGUGAUAUUGCAUAUCCUGUUUUCAUACAAACACAUUGAUAAGAGUUUUUACAACAGUUCCGAUACUUAUGUGGUGAAAAGAAAAGGAAGAAGUCGGAAAACGUUUCUUUGAACAUAUAUGAAUUAUAGUGACUUCGCGAAGGGGUUGAGGAUGACCUUAAAAGAAAUGAACAUUAGUUGAUGUAAUUAGUGAUGUGUAUGUUUAAAGUAUUAUAAAACCUGGAAUGGUUCGGAAAGUAUUUUGAAAAUGCACUUACUUUAUUGGAGGGUCAAUGCAUUUAGCGCGAAAGUACUUAUUGAGGACACUAUUUUUACCUCUCCUACUGGAGACGGGACCGCCAUUUUAUGUGGUUAUCCAAGCCACGCGGAAGUGUAGCCGUUUGCACGCAUGGCAAAGGUAGUAGCUUCAUUUCUAAGUACCCUGAGUAUUAGUGCGGCCCCGGGAAUCGAACCCGUGACCUCCCGCUCUGCAGUCAAUCGCUCUACCGACUGAGCUAAUCCUGCCGUUUGUCUUUUAUUUUGUAGGCCAUUAAAGAGAAGCUUCAUCUUGCAGGCGGACACGGUGCCGAAACCAAGGAAUCCAAGUCUCAGGCCAAGUUAGUUUACACUGUUUUGGUGCUCGACUUCUCACUUCUGAUAAGUGACUUGACUAGUAUACUUUUCCUCUGUUUUUUGCCUAUUCCAAGCGUUCAGAAGGUGGGGAACGAGUUAAAUUGUGAGCGGCGAGCGAAAAAGGAGCUUGACAAAGAAAAAAAACGAGGAGAGACUAUUUUUCCCUCCUCAAUUUUUUGCUGGCGCUCUACUAUCUGAACGCCUGGAACAGGCUUCUCUGUCUUGGCUUCUUGGCUUCAGAGUCGGAGUUGGAGUCGUUGGAGUCGGAACGGCUUUUAAGCCGUUCCAACUUAAAAGCGGAUUCAUAAUAUCGCUUAUGAGCUAGUGAUAAUAAUAAAUCCCUCAUAAAUCUGGAUGUAAUUAGUAGACUAUAAAGUCAUCAGAACGCCGGAAUCACUAGAUCGUAAGGCCCUACGCUUCUGGUUACGACUCCAGUGGCGGAUCCAGACCUUCAGAUAAGGGAGGAGUGGGAGAGGGUUUGGUCUCAAAAAAAAUUUUGUUCGGCCGUUCAGGCCUCAGCCUGGUCUCAAAAUAAGGGUGGCAAGAGACCCUCCCCUUGAUUCACCACUGAACUCCUACUCUCACUCAUCUUCGCUAGUGAAACUAGUGCGGCUCAAGAGUGGAAGGUGAUGAAAGUUAGGAUACCGUUACAGGGAAAUGUGAAGUGACAUUAUUCUCUACCUCCCCUCCCCUGUCGAUCAGCCGAGACCCAACUCUCUUGGUGGGGUCCUUUGAUUCACUGAGUCCUUCUCGCCCCAUGCUCCCACCAGAUUUAUACCUGUUAGCUGCUAUGUUGUCAUUUACAUUUUCCCGUUUUCCUUUAGAGAGGAAGACAAGGCACGGAUGUUACUGGGAGGCUUUGUGAGUUAGCUAAAUCAUUUUUCAACCAGCUAUAGCCUAUUUUAUUUAAGUGUGCAAGAGUUAUCUCAUAGGAAGAAAGGGUCGUUCUUUAAUUUCGGUAGCAAAUACAGUAAGAACACACAUAUAAGAAUGACCUAAAAUUUAAGAACCUGUUCGGCUAAAAUUUUCAUGUUAAACUCCCUUUUCGUAAGAACCUAUUUAGCCUAAAACUUUCAAUAGGUUCUUAUUUUACAAAAAUGAAGACAGAGAAGAAAAUACAGCCGAAAAUUAAGUCUAGGUUUCAGUCAGAAAGAUUCAAAAUGUAACACAGCAUUUUAAGGAUACUGCAGCGUGAAAGAUAUGCAUGCUAGUACUUUGGAAAGAUAAAAUUACUGCAUGGUUAUCAUCUAAAUUGUGCUCUAGAUAAUUAUUUAAUACAGCAACAUACAGUGUAUUCCGUAUCACAUAUGCGCUGUAGGAGUUAUCGGUGCUGAUCGCUGGUGCCCCUUUCAAAUUAAGAACCUAUUUAAGUACCUAAGUAGCCUAAAAUCCCACUAAAUACCAUUUCUAUAAGAACCUAUUUAGGCUAAGUUGGAAAAAUCUAGGUUCUUAUACAUGGGUUCUAACUGUAUCCCUUGUUUAAGUAGAGAAUCGCUCCAAUCCUUCACAUGGAAAGUUUGUUCCUCACACAGAGCGUUGUAUCACAGCUCUAUUUAUGAUCGUACACAGUUCUGCCGUAGCAGUGAACGUUGCAACACAAUAUAUGUCUUCAACCAGGUGUAAACGUGCAAAAACGCGUGGUGACAAAAUACUUUGAUAGAGGGAUGAAUACUAUACUAGUUUCUUCAUUACUCACGAAACGGAACUCCUAUGUUUGUGUCAAAGCUAACGAAUUGGUUUUGAAGUGUUUUAGUAGUGUGUACGUUGUGUGGAUAGUGAAAUGAUAUGGCUCCGUUCGGGUUGGUAGAAGCUAGUUCAGUUCGUUUCGCUUUCUUUGCAUACGAUCUGAGACUAAGAGUAAGUUGAGCUAGAAUUCUUUUAGAAUGAAUUUAAGUUCAAAUUUUUUCUACGUUCCAACUCUGUUACCCUCUUAUAUAACGUUCUAAAAUAUUAAUAGUAAUUUUCAAUGAUUGUUUUAGCAACCAAAAGAUCAACAGAAGAAAAGAAAGAAAAAAAUAUUCAGUAAAUUAGCUAAAGUUGCUCGUGGAUCAAAACGAAAAGGUACGUGAUUUUGCCCGGGCAUUAACUUGCAUGGAAAUUAAUGUAAGCCCGCCAUAGCCACUGAAAUGGCAAGGGCAGUGGUGAAACCUGAACUUGAUCGAGUGUAAACUCUUGAAACUUCUUGAGAUGCAAACCCAUAAUUUAGGAUCGAAAUGCGCCAGUUACUUAAUACAAUAAUGCCUCUAGGUGUUUGAAAUCGUCGCAGUCAGUAACAUAGUGGCUAUCAUAAGACAAAGGAUACAUGAACACUGUCUGAUAUUGAGCCCGUUUGGGGCGAGCAGUGGCUCACUAUUGUCUAAGUGUAGUCGCCAUCUUUAAUUGUUUAAGAAGAAAAAAAAUUGGGUAAUAGGAAGUGCGAUCAACAGAGAGGCCGUAAAGCUAUCACUUGGAAUGUCCCUACCUCACGAAAAAAACUUGCACUGCUGGCUAGCUGAUCUGACUUUGAGGACAGUAUGCAGCAAACUAACAAACUAUUUUCAUGUAGGAUUGCUGCAACCUGAUGGAGCGGGGCCUGAACCCGUGGAUUUGGAAGAGGAUCAAGAUUUUGAGGAGUUUGCAACUUUGGAAAGUGACGCUCGACCGGGAGAAGAAGAGGACGAUUCUGACAAUAGUGAUGCAACGUGACAGUUGUAAUAUUUCUUCCUUAGAGCUGAAAACUUGGAUUAAAUACGUGACCAAAGAAUCUGGAAGCAAUUUCGACUUUGCAUACCUGAAAGAUCUUAACCAAAUGGUGAAUAGAUAUCUGGAAACAAACGUAACACUACAGUUUAUAAAAACAAGGUGGAAACAAAAUGAAGCCGAGUGAUAACACUUGACAGUUGGAGACUUGGAAACAAGCAUCCUGAUUACUUGAUGCAGAUCGAUCUGUAGAGGGUACUAGAACAAGCAAUAGCGGUUAUUGUGGUGGGGUCUCUCGUUCAAAUGUUUUGAAAUUUAGAAGGUAUUCAAAAAGAUGUUGAGAGUAUAAUUUAUAGCAAGAUAGGGUAAUAUUUCUUGUUUCAAACUGAAUUUCAUAGCCUCGAGUACAUGUAAAAUACAAAAAUAUGGAGUUGUUAACAAAAUAUGCUGCCUUUCGCAGGCACUUGGGCUAAUAUUAUAAUAUUUAUGCUUUUAUAUAGGUGG